UUCAUCAUUCAGAGUUUUACUUUGUAUGAAUAUAACUUAAUAUUUGCCAUGUGAAACAACAAUUAAUUCAUAAGAUAACACAACUACAACAGAUAAAAAUGAUGAAUAGUUGAAUUCCAAUUCUAAAGAUGGGUAAAAUCUAUAUAAUUCCGGUCAAUAGACUGAUGAUUCUUUCGAAAUGGUAAUAUUAAGUAAUUAGCAUCCUGAAAAUGAAUGGAUCAAAAAAGAGCAAAUUAUUGUUUCAUAUCUCAAAUAAUUGGGUCUAAAAAUGAAAACUGAUCCUUUAGAAAAAUAAGAGCAUUUUUAUAAAAAACUAAAGAGGCGACCAAAUAAAUCCAGCACCAUGUCUUUCAAUACUAACUAAAAUAUUAAUCAUUCUCAAAUGGAAGACGAUAAAGCUAAUGAUAUGUUGUAAAAAAUGAGUAUAGAAAUGAAUUCAAUAAAAUAAAGACGAACACCUAAUACUACUCCUUAAAGUUCUCCAUUAAUUACUAAAAAUUUAGAAUAACAAGAACCUAUAAAAAAACAAAGGAUGUCAAUUUUUUAGAAAAUGCAAACACAACAUUAAGAUCUAUCUCCUGAUAGUGAAGAAUUGUAAAUGAACAUAAAAAGAAAUUAGUAACAAGUAAAUGAUUAAAAUAAUGGUCUUGAAAAAAGUGAAACAAAUAGUAGUAAAAGUGAAACUGAGCAAGAUUAUUUCUAAAAUUUAUGUGAAUGA